CAUUCAGUGAAUGUUUUUCAGCUGCCGCGUCGCUCGCGGCUGGUAGGCCGUGUGGGUGAGUUCUCUAAAAUGUCCUCUGAAAUACACAUUUCAUGUCUAUUUCCAGAGAUAUUGGCAAUGAUAUUUAGCUAUUUGGAUGUUCGUGAAAAAGGUAGAUCAGCACAAGUGUGUCGGGCCUGGAGAGAUGCUGCUUAUCAUCGAUCUGUUUGGCGUGGCGUAGAAGCUAAGCUCCAUUUGCGAAGGGCUAACCCGUCUUUGUUUCCGAGCUUAGUAGCCCGUGGCAUCCAACGAGUUCAAAUUCUGAGCCUAAGAAGAAGCCUAAGUUAUGUGUUACAGGGAAUGCCUAAUAUUCAGUGUUUAAAUUUGAGUGGAUGUUAUAAUCUGACUGAUAGUGGAUUGUCGCAUGCCUUUAUUCGACAGAUCCCAUCACUGACUGUUUUGAAUCUGAGCCUUUGUAAACAAAUUACAGAUUCUAGCCUAGGAAGAAUAGCUCAAUAUUUGAAAGGCCUUGAAUAUUUGGAUCUCGCCGGGUGUAGCAAUAUUACGAACACAGGACUAUUGUGGAUAGCAUGGGGACUGCCUAAAUUGAAACAUUUAAAUCUACGGAGUUGCCGGCAUAUUUCUGACAUGGGGAUUUCACAUAUCGCUGGUGUCAGUGGGAAUGAAAGCGAAGGGAAUAAACUAUUGGAAGUGCUUGUGUUACAGGAUUGUCAAAAACUUACAGAUUCUGCACUUUCUAGUGUGGCCAGGGGAUUGCUACGUCUCCGUAGUGUCAACCUCAGUUUUUGCUGUGGUAUUACAGACACAGGCAUGCUAGAUCUUUCCAGAAUGCCUAGCCUACGUGAAGUCAAUCUGCGCAGCUGCGACAACAUAAGUGAUAUGGGCAUAGCACAUUUGGCAGAGUCUGGCUCGCAUUUCAACGCAAUCGAUGUUAGUUUUUGUGAUAAAGUUGGAGAUCCGGCAUUAAAUCACAUUGCGCAGGGGAUGAAAAACCUGAAUAGCAUUAGCCUUAGUUCGUGCCAAAUUACGGAUAAUGGUCUUGAGAGACUAGUUAAAAGCCUGCAAGAAAUAACGACAUUGAAUAUUGGACAGUGUGGGUUGAUUAGUGACAGAGGCCUUGCUCUUGUUGCACAAUAUUUAAAACAAUUGAAAUGUAUAGACUUGUACGGCUGCACAAAAAUAACAACAGUUGGUUUGGAAAAGAUCAUGCAGCUGCCUUGCCUAUCGGUGUUGAAUCUUGGUUUGUGGCACAGGAGGUAGAUAGCCAUUUGAAAUAUGUCAUACGGAUAUGAAGCGGGUACAAAACAGAACAAUUUAUUUAAUGAUUGAGCUAAUAAAUUCUGAAAUAUUUAGUGGAGGAAUUAGCAGAGAAAGUGUACUGUAGGUCCUCGCAUCGUGCUGGAUAAAGUUUAGCUACGCAAUAAUUAUGUGUUUCCCCUGGACGAUCAAAUUGCAAGUGGAAUGGUAACCUUUGAAAAGGGUAUUUGGGGCCAGCAUUGCUAGAUUGUUAGAUCCCCUACAGCCAUAGGUCAAGGCCUGGAUUGAAAAAUGGAAGCAAAAACAUGUUCAUAUUGAUAAAUAUUGUGAUAAAAAUAAUGUUUAAUUCAAAAACUAUUUGAAUUUGACUGUUUUAAAAGCAAAAAUGCAUUUAUGUAAAUUAACAGGAAAUGUCGUGAUCAUUUGUAAAGCCCUUGUUAUAAUAAUGAGGCAGAAACAUACAGUAUGUAAUUUUACCAGCUAAAGACGGUAAAAUUCCUGAGCACUGAGUUUCUCAGUCAACCUAUGACCUAAAGAGCUUGGUGAAUGCUUUCAGACAAAAAGCCCCAUUUGAUUAAAGUACCAAGUAUAAAAGGCCCCAUUACCACCACUAAGCAUGCUAAACACACUUUUGUGCAAGUAUUGUAAAGAUCAGUUGAGGGUAAUGAUGCAUUUAAGCGGUAAUUUAUAUGAACGGUAACAAGUAAUUUUAAUUUUAAAAACAUGUUACAUUGUCAUCUGCUGUAUGAAAGCAAAUUAUCCAUAUUGUUCUUCCAAAAGAUUAAAUAUACAAUUUUAUUGUUCAGUUUAUUUUUUACUACUCAUGACAAUGAAAUCAAAAAGUAGAAUAAUGUAAUUUAAGUUGUAUAUAAUAGUCUCCAACCGGAUUGGAGAAGGUUGGGAUAUAAUCCUGACUAAUGUAACAACUAUAUUAAUAAUAAUCUGGCAAAAGUGGUGCAUAUUUCAUUAUAAUUUUGCAUCAAAAAAUUAAUUUUUAGCCAUGUAACCUGUGAUGUUGUAACUUAAAAAAACGUUUUGGAAAUUGUCCAAAUCAUCAACCAAAGUUUUAAUUUUUCAAUAAAAUUAUAAACAUA